AUGAAGACAGCCGACGACUCAAAUGAAUCCGAAAGUACCUUGAGCAGAGAUUCCCCAGACACACUAUCACCCCCUCCGUACACCGAACUUUACGAUUAUGGUCACGAUGCUAGUCACGAUCCUGAGACUACGCCCUCUGGCGCUGAAGGCUAUCAUAUCAGAGGUGAACACAAUUCGACAUUUUCACAUAUGAACAGCACUGAUUAUUGA